AUGGCAUCACGAAGCCUACCCAAUAAUGCUGGGUCUAUUGCCAAAACGCUUACAACUGUCGCCAAGCCUGUUUUCGAGACAUUGAUGGUCGUCCUCCCGAUUGUUUCCUUUCAAAAACUCCCUCAAAAUGCACUGCUCUUCCUCUAUGGCUUUGUGUUUUGUUUCUUUGGAGGGACCUUCCCCACACUCUUCGCCGCCAUUCAAGCAGCUGAGUAUGGUGGUCGCGAGGCUUUCGUGAAAGCCAUUGGUGAUCUUUCUGACGAAGCAUUAAUUAUUAUUGAAGAAAGCAAGAAAGACAACGAUGAAGACAAAAACAACGACGGUAAAAAAGACGUAGAUCAAAUUUCGUCAUCGGAAUUCAUGGCGCGCAAGACAAAGUUGGUGCUUCGGAAAAUGAAUCCUGAAAAGGUCGACACAGCGAUGGCGUCACUUUACAAAGUCUGGUUGUCUGUUGCGGCGGUUCUUUCAAUUCAGUUUGCACGUACGAUCUCCAUGGCCUUGGCCAUAGCUGAUUUUCUCAAGAAGCCGUGCGACCGUUUUAUUUCCCCGACGAUCGAAGUUGUGGUCCCAGAUGAGUACGACAAAUGGGUCCCCACAAUCCUUGCGUGGAUCACAAAGGCAAUCGCCGUAUCCAUUGCUUGGUACAUCCAAUCUAUCAUGUCGGCAACUGCUUCGGCACUGAAGGGAGGUAUGAUGAUGGCAAGGGCUUUCUAUCAAUUUUGUAUUCAUCGGAAUCUUAAGCUAGGUGGUUUGAUCCCAGACGAUCAUCGACAAUCCGUGAUAGAUGAAGUCUUGUCAUACGUGUUUGCCAGUCUUGGUUUUUAUGUGCAAUUUAAACUCAGGUUCAACCUCCCGUUUCCUUUGAAUCUUUUGCUCUGGCCUUUUCACCUUGUAGAGUACUACAUCAAAUGGUCUAUCACAAAGAUGGCAUAA